AUUGGCAGAGGGGGGUGGAGGACACUGAGUGGAGGCCAGUGGAGGGAUUGGCAGAGUGGGGUGGAGGACACUGAGUGGAAGCCAGUGGAGGGAUUGGCAGAGAGGGGGGAGGACACUGAAUGGAGGACACUGAGUGGAAGCCAGUGGAGGGAUUGGCAGAGAGGGGUGGAGGACACUGAAUGGAGGUCAGUGGAGGGAUUGGCAGAGGGGGUGGAGGACACUGAGUGGAGGCCAGUGGAGGGAUUGGCAGAGGGGGGUGGAGGACACUGAGUGGAGACCAGUGGAGGGAUUGGCAGAGGGGGGUGGAGGACACUGAGUGGAGGCCAGUGG